AUGCUGCGCGUGCGGUGCUUGCGCGGAGGCAGCCGGGGGGCCGAAGCCGUUCAUUACAUUGGGUCGAGGUUUGGGAGAAUCAUCACAGGAUGGGUGCAGCAAAUGUUUCAGAGCACCCAAGCAGCAGCAGCCUCCGAUUCUCCCUGUGCUGUUGCUGAUGAGACUUCCAAAGCCCCUAAUCCUGCUGCUGACGGUUGCCCUGUCUGCUCCUACAAUGAAUGGGACCCCCUGGAAGAAGUCAUUGUGGGGAGAGCUGAAAACGCCUGCGUUCCUCCUUUUUCAGUUGAGGUCAAGGCUAAUACCUAUGAGAAGUACUGGGAGUUUUAUCAGAAGUACGGAGGCCAGAGCUUUCCCGAAGAUCAUGUCAAGAAAGCAAUAGCUGAGAUUGAAGAAAUGUGCAAUAUUUUGAGAAUGGAAGGGGUGACUGUGAAGAGGCCUGAAGCUCUCAACUGGUCAUCCAAAUAUAAAACACCUGACUUUGAAUCUACCGGCAUGUAUGCAGCUAUGCCGAGAGACAUUUUAAUUGUAAUUGGGAACGAAAUCAUUGAAGCUCCGAUGGCCUGGCGGGCCCGUUUCUUUGAAUACAGAGCGUAUCGCCCAGUCAUCAAAGAGUAUUUUCGCCAGGGGGCCAAAUGGACUACAGCACCAAAGCCCACGAUGUCUGAUGAACUUUAUGACCAGGAUUACCCCAUCCGCACCGUGGAAGACCGGCACAAGUUGGCCGCCCAGGGGAAAUUUGUCACCACUGAAUUUGAGCCGUGUUUUGACGCUGCAGACUUCAUAAGAGCUGGAAGAGAUAUCUUUGUGCAAAGAAGUCAGGUUACAAAUUACUUGGGUAUUGAGUGGAUGAGGAGACAUCUUGCUCCGGAGUAUAGAGUCCAUACUAUUUCUUUCAAAGACCCCAACCCUAUGCACAUCGAUGCUACUUUUAAUAUCAUUGGUCCUGGCAUCGUGCUUUCUAACCCAGAUCGCCCAUGCAAUGAGAUUGAUCUCUUCAAGAAGGCAGGCUGGACAAUCAUUCACCCACCACUUCCUCUCAUCCCUGACAACCAUCCAUUGUGGAUGUCCUCUAAAUGGCUUUCCAUGAAUGUCCUGAUGCUGGAUGAGAAACGUGUCAUGGUAGAUGCCAAUGAAACCCCGAUCCAGCAGCUCUUUGAACGCCUAGGCAUUUCAACAAUCAAAGUGAAUAUCCGCCACGCCAAUUCCUUGGGAGGAGGCUUCCACUGCUGGACCUGUGACAUACGUCGUCGUGGCACCUUGAAGUCUUAUUUGGAUUAG